UGUUGGUAAUCAAUAUGACAGGCAAUUAUUCAUUAUUAAUGAAUUAUCGAGCGAUCGAUUUCCUUUAUGCACCGUAUACAAUAUGCACUAUGACAAAUAUUAUGUAAUUCGACCAUACGUGACAUUUACUAACAUUAAAAAUUACUGUGAAAUUACUGCGUGUACUAAAAUAUUAACAUUCGAUCGUGUUAAUAAUUAUCAUCGUGAUCAAUUUAUAUCAUUUCCGUUUAAGUACGUGUGUGUAAGAAAUUUAUAUAUCUUAUCGUUUGAGAUGAGGAAAUAAGAGAUUUAUAAACUCGAUAUAAUAUAAAUAAGAUUCCAUUUGUCGCACAAUAAGUAAGCUUUCAUUACGUCUGCAGUAUCUCGAGCGAAAGCACAUAAGCAAACAUCUUUAAAUUAAUUGUUCUAAGAAAAAAUCGAAUAAUUCGUAAAGUUUGACUGUUAGGAAUGUCCCGUCAAGCUAACGAGGCUUAUGUCGUCGAAGCGGAUGACCUUGUGCCCAUCUUGACACCUACCGCCGAUAUUUUACCACGAUUAAAGACCUUGGCUGCCCAUUUCAACUCCAAAUACAAUGUAGAACCUUCCUUCUUCGCUCGAGUGCCAGGAAGAGUAAAUCUGAUAGGCGAGCACAUCGAUUAUUGCGGAUAUGCUGUCUGUCCAAUGGCUAUUGAACAAGAUAUCCUUGUUGCAGUGGCAUUGUCGAAAUAUAACGACAUUUAUCUGACUAAUGUCGAUCCCAAAUACAAGGAUUUCCGAUGCAGUUUAGAAAGCGUAGGAUCUUGUAUUAAUGAUAACGAGAGCGGGCCGGCCUGGUACAAAUAUUUUCUGUGCGGAGUAAAAGGAGCACUGGAAGUAAUCCCGGCAGACUCAGUUCCCAUGGGAAUUCUGGUUGCGAUAUGGGGCAACAUCCCUCCUAAUUCUGGCCUCUCGAGUUCCAGUGCGCUCGUCUCGGCCGCGCUUCUUUCAAUUGUGCAAGCCAGUCAGCGUCAGUUAUCGAAGCAUGAAUUGGCGACUAUCAGUGCUCGAGCAGAGCGACAUAUCGGAACUCAAGGUGGAGGAAUGGAUCAAGCUAUCGCUUUUCUUGGAAAACCUGGUUCUGCUAAGUUGAUAAACUUUAACCCUUUACGUGCCAUCGAUGUAACAUUGCCAGAGAACGCAGUCUUUGUAAUAGCGCAUAGCCAGGCUUAUCACAACAAAGCCUCGACUACCGACUUCAAUCUCAGAGUUGCAGAAUGUCGAUUAGCUGCACAGAUGAUAGCUAAGAAGAGAAAUAUGGAUUGGGAACAUGUUCAAAGAUUAAUUGACAUUCAAGAAAAGCUCGCCUUUGACUUGGAUGAGAUGGUUACUGUAGUAAUGACAGACCUGCACGAGCAGCCAUAUACUCUUGAUGAGAUCUGCGAGAGCUUUGGUACAGACCAUGAACGAUUGAAGAAAACGUCUCUCAUCAGUUCCUUUAAUACCUCGCAAACGUUCAAGCUGCAGCAACGGGCUUUGCACGUUUUUCAAGAGGCCAGCCGAGUGCUCGCGUUUCGCCGUAUAAACGAGGAAAGCGGCAUAACAGAGCUCGAGAAGCUUCAACAUCUGGGCAGUUUGAUGUCGAAGAGCCACGCCAGUCUUCAUCAAUUGUACGAAUGCAGCCAUCCCAGCGUGGACUCGCUCGUCGAAAGAGCCAUGCGUUGCGGCGCAUACGGCGCCAGACUCACCGGAGCUGGCUGGGGCGGUUGCAUCGUGGCAAUCAUUGAUAAAAACGAAGUUCAACAAUUCGUGGACACUCUCCGAACAUAUCUCUAUCAGAACAGCACAAAGGACCGGACGGAGCUAAAGGAUAUGGUGUUUCCGACGGCACCGAACCAGGGUGCUGUUAUUUACACUGUGUCAACACCGUUUUGAAUCGUAAAGCCCGCGGUAUAUAAUAAAUAUUGCGGCUCUCCUUGGCUCGCGUCGUCCCUCUAUUGACAUUCCAUUAUUUUCUCCUCGCCUCACUUUACUUUACGUGUCUGUUUCUCUGACCUGCUUUUUUUUGUUUUUCACCACGAAUUCUAAUUGACGAAAGAAUACCACUUGUGCCAUUUAACGUCAUUGGCGUUCGAGUCUAAAAUUCACUGCCGAACGAAUCGCAAUUAUUUCCAAACGUUGCUUCUUGCCAUUUAAUUAUAUUUUAUACAUUAUAAAUUCUUUUUCAUCAUGAUAUCAAUUAAAUGUAGUGUCUUAUAAUAGCAUAUUAUACAUUCUCGAAGACUGACACUAAUCCUUCAACAAUUUUGUCAAAAAUCAACAUAUAUUGAUCUUUUUUUCUUACAGUUAUUGCAUGUGAAAAUAUAAUUUUAAUAUAUGUGGAAAGAGUUAUAUAAUUUGCUAUUAUAUAAAUAUAAGAAGUCUAUUAUUAGCCUAAUAGAAAUAAGCAAUAUUUAAUAAUUAAUAUAAAGAAUUAUUCAUAUAUGAUAAUUAUAUAUUGUAACAGUUUUUGACAUAUUGUGACAGUGUUUGUAGCAGUUACAUGAGAUAAUUAUGAAUAAACAAUUUGCAGUGAAAUAUAUCACUCUUAGCGAAUAUGUAAUUGCAAAUCGAUAAAGAGGUAAUAACCCAAGUUUAAAAAAU